AUGGAUCCGACAAUUCUCGUAGGUGACAUUGUCGAGCACGACUCGUCAAUAAAGAAGAAGCCCCCGACGACCGACUUUUCCGACGACUUUGGCGACCCGACGACGGGGUUCCCGCAGCAUAAGCGGCGAUGGAAGGGCGCUUCCGCAUUCAAGCAACGGCGGGCAGAUGGGCGGACGGCGACGACGACGACGACGACGACGACGACGACGACGACGGCGACAACAGAGGGCGAUGCUGCACCAGCCUCCAGCACUCCCCCAAAGCCUCCCUCCGGAGACGAGCAGAAACUCGGCUUCGACGAGAACGAGAGGAGACGCAUCGACCAGGAAAACAGGCAGAGGAUGGACGAAAUGUCGGCAGCCGAGAUCGCAGAGGCCCAGAGGGAGAUUCUGAAUGGGCUGAACCCCGACCUGUUACAGCGGCUCCUCCGACGGGCCAACAUUGACGAGAACGCGGCGUCGUUGCCGGAAGGCCCACCGGCACCGGAAGAGGAGGCGUCGGUGCCGCGACCUUCCACGGUUCGCUUCGUCGAGGACACAGAGUCGGGGAAUGACGGUGCUGCCAACAAGAGCAGCAACAGCAGCAAGGCAGAUGCCGAGAAGCGCCGCGACGACGGCGGCGACGACGGCAAGUUUGACGAAGACGCCGAGCCCAGGCAGAUGCCCCCCGACCUCUUCCCCGUCACGGACCUGCCGACGUCGACGCACUUCCCCGCGCCCCCGCAGCAUCCGGACCUCGACCCCUCAGACCCCGACUUCCUCCAGACGCUGCACGAAAAGUACUUUGCCGACCUGCCGGCCGACCCGAGCAAGAUGGCGUGGAUGGCCCCGGUACCGACCGAGGACAGCGUGGCGGAUCGCGAGUCGCCCUACUACCCGCACGCCGAGAUUGCUGUGUCGGCCCUGCGCUUCGACUUCCGCGGCCGCUUCCUGUCCCCGCGCCUGAGCAGGGCCCUCCCCGUGUCCAUGGGCCUGCACCACCACGGCGAGGCCCCCGAGGCGGCCGGCUACACCGUUGCCGAGCUGGCCAUGCUGGCGAGGAGCGCCGUGCCGGCGCAGCGGUGCAUGGCCUUCCAGACGCUGGGCAGGGUGCUGUUCCGUCUGGGGAAGGGGGAGUGGGGAACGACGGAGGACGACCCCAUCGCCAUGGGCGUCUGGGAUGCCGUCAAGCAGGGACGCGUCGUGGACACGCUCGCCCAGGCGGCGGCCACGGAGGGCGGGCACAGGGGCAGUCAGGCUUUCGCUACCGAGGCGCUGUGGUUGUUCGAGAAGGGGGGUUGGAAGGACAAGUACAAGGGGAGGUGA